UUUCCCACCACACUUGUGAGGAGAGCAUUAAGGAUUGUUUCGGAAUGGAUAUACUAAGAUCAAUCACUUACCAGCCGGCGAAUAACGGCAAGAUGUCCGAGCAGACGCUCAGCAAAUCAUGCGAGUUUAAAAGAAAGAAAUCGGAGGACCACAGCCACGUAGCUCCUGAGAUGUCACGGAUCAUAACAGACCACACCACCGGCAAAUGUUACUGCCGGGGGAAAGUUUUGGGAAAGGGAGGUUUUGCCAAAUGCUACGAACUGACAGACCUAUCCACCAACAAAGUGUAUGCUGCGAAAAUCAUCCCUCACACGCGCGUUUCCAAACCACACCAGAGGGAAAAGAUUGACAGAGAAAUCGAGCUGCACAGAAUUCUGCACCACAGGCACAUCGUUCACUUCUUCCACCACUUUGAGGACAAAGAGAACAUCUACAUCUUACUGGAAUACUGCAGCAGAAGGUCUUUAGCUCAUAUUCUAAAAGCCCGAAAGGUGUUGACUGAGCCAGAAGUGAGAUACUAUCUCAGGCAGAUCGUCUCGGGACUGAAGUACCUUCACGAGCAAGAAAUCCUGCACAGAGACUUAAAAUUGGGCAACUUUUUUAUCAAUGAAUCAAUGGAUCUUAAAGUUGGAGAUUUUGGCCUUGCAGCGAAAUUGGAACCCCUUGAAAACAGGAGGAGAACAAUCUGUGGAACGCCAAACUACCUAUCUCCAGAGGUCCUGAACAAGCAGGGACAUGGCUGUGAAUCGGAUGUCUGGGCCCUAGGCUGUGUAAUGUACACCAUGCUACUUGGAAGGCCCCCGUUUGAAACCACUAACCUGAAAGAGACCUACAGAUGUAUAAGAGAAGCAAGGUAUCUGCUGCCUUCUUCCCUGUCAGUCUCUGCCAAGCAGCUAAUAGCCAGCAUGCUGUCAAAGAAUCCAGAUGACCGACCUCAUUUAGAUGACAUCAUUAGACAUGACUUUUUCUCACAGGGAUUUACUCCAGAAAGGCUAUCCCCUAGCUGUUGCCACUCUGCUCCAGAUUUCCACUUAUCAAGCCCUGCCAAGAAUUUCUUCAAGAAGGCAGCCGCUGCACUGUUUGGAGGGAAAAAGGAGAAAGCCAAGUACUACGAAAAUCUCAAUAAAUUAACCAAAGAAGAGGAUGAGAUGUACAAACUUCGUCACGACCUGAAAAAGACCUCUAUCAGCCACCAGCCCUGCAAACAAGUGGAGGACACCAAGCCUCCAAUUGCCCCUGCUGGGAAGCCAAUAGUGUUGGUGAAAGAGAACAAACAGCAGAUCCGAGACACAAUUCGCAUGAUUGUGAGAGGAACCCUUGGGAGCUGUAGCAGCAGUAGCGAAUGUCUUGAAGAUAGCACAAUGGGGAGUGUUGCCGAUACUGUUGCCAGAGUUUUGAGGGGCUGUCUUGAAAACAUGCCAGAAGCUGAGAGCAUUCCAAAUGAGAAUAUUAACAGCACCUUCCAGUGGGUGACGAAAUGGGUGGAUUAUUCCAACAAGUACGGCUUUGGUUAUCAGCUUUCAGACAACACCGUUGGCGUUCUCUUCAACAAUGGGACCCACAUGAGCCUGCUCUCCGACAAGAAGACUAUCCACUACUAUGCUGAGCUUGGUCAGUGCUCAGUCUUCUCUACAGUGGAUGCCCCAGAGCAGUUCAUCAGCCAAGUGACCAUUCUGAAGUACUUUGCACACUACAUGGAGGAAAACCUCAUGGAUGGUGGGGAUUUGCCUAGUGUAACUGAUAUGCGCAAACCCAGGCUGUACCUUCUUCAGUGGUUGAAAUCGGAUCGUGCAUUGAUGAUGCUUUUCAACGACGGCACAUUCCAGGUAAAUUUCUACCACGACCACACAAAGAUCAUAAUUUGCAACCAGAAUGAGGAAUAUCUGCUGACAUACAUCAAUGAGGAGCGUGUCUCUACCACCUUCAGGCUGACCACCUUGCUCAUGUCAGGAUGCUCAUCUGAUCUUCGCAACAGAAUGGAAUAUGCCUUAAAUAUGCUUCUGCAAAGAUGUAACUAAAGUCUGAGAACUCUGAGGGACUUUGCAAGAAUGAAAAAGGGUGGAUUUCUAAUCAGUGGGGCUUUGGCAAGCGUUUUCAGUGGAUGUACUUGUAUGUUGACAGUUUGGCGGGCUGGAAGUGAUUUAAAAGGACGGAGGUACGAAACAUCCAACCAAUCCUUUUUGAGAAGAAUGCUGGGCUGGAUCCAGAUGGACUUUUUUAUUUAAAUUUUAUUGUAGAAAAUCUUGCUUUGUUGAACUUGACUUGGAAUUCUGGAUAAUUUAGUCUUGCAGCUUGUAACAUAUGCAUCAACAAAGCAGGGUAAUAUCACGUAGCUCUCUGUAGAGCAAAAUAGACUUAAAACUGUGAAAACAUCCCACCAGGGCUAGAUUGUGGUCAAUUUCUGACAAAGCAGUCUUGUGCUGCCUAGCUGUGAACGUAAGAAAACCUUACUUUUGAAAGUCUGUGUUGGAAUAAGGACAAUUCCACAUGGUGUGUCUGGACAGAUACAUUCCUUGUUGUUACAGAAAUAAAUUAUGGACAAAGUGCAGUAUUUAUUAUUUAUUUAAAACAAAUAAUAAAUUGAAAUAAUUCAUGCUUUUGUGACUGAAACUUGUUUUAAAGUUAUAUCCAUAUUGUUAUUAAAGGCUAUGAAACUGA